UUCCGCCCGCUAACCUGCGCGCUCCGUCUAACCUACUUUUCACACGUCACUUUUGUGCCGUUCAAAAGUGUUUGAAUUUUCAAAAAAUAGAACUGAAUGGAAUGGUUAGAUUUUUUUAUCAGUUUUAAUUUUUGGAUUGUGUCCAGAGUUUUAUGAUGAGGUGCUUUUGGAAGUUUCGUUCAAGUUACUGACCGGUUGCGCGGCGGCAUGCGCCGGUGUGUCCCCCGCCUUAUCUCGCCGAUAUGCCUUGAAUACCCGACAGUGAUGGGGAUACGAUCAUAGAACCGCCAUUGACGGAGACAAUAAACGCAGCCUUGGAACCAUGAACUCCACAGAGCUAGUCGACGUGAACACCUCCACGACUAUAUUUACAAUCGGCACCAGUUUUAUUACACAAUGGAAACUCCAGAAGAUGAGGCGAACUUGCCUGCCCUCCUCAGACUGCCAGAACGGCACCAACUUCACUGACAUCUACUUCUACAACAACACUCUGAACAGCCUGGCUACAAAUGGUGAAUUGCAACCGGUACUGCCGCCAUUCCCCCUCUGGCUCUCUUCCAUCUUCGCCACCUGCUUGGUCCUGGUGAUUCUCCUCACAGUGAGCGGGAAUGUACUGGUGCUACUGGCCUUCCUCGUGGACAGGACCAUACGGCAACCGAGCAACUACUUCAUCGCGUCGCUUGCGGCCACUGACCUCUUGAUAGGUACUCUCUCGAUCCCUUUUUAUACAGACUACGUACUAAAAGGAUAUUGGCAUCUUGGACCUCUUCUUUGCGAUUUGUGGCUUUCUGUCGACUACACCGUAUGUCUUGUCUCUCAAUAUACCGUAUUACUCAUCACUGUCGACCGAUUUUGCAGCGUCAAGAUUGCAGCCAGAUACAGGGCCUGGCGAACGAAGAACCGAGUCAUUUGGAUGGUUACGAUCACGUGGAUCAUACCAGCCUUAUUGUUUUUUACGACCAUAUUUGGAUGGGAACAUUUUGUAGGAUAUAGGGAUUUACAAGAAGGCGAAUGCGCCGUUCAGUUUCUGAAAGAUCCAAUAUUCAAUACAGCUUUAAUUAUAGGAUAUUAUUGGACUACGCUCUUCGUUCUAAUUGUAUUGUAUGCAGGAAUAUUUAAGACUGCUUAUGAUAUGCAAAAGAAAAGUGAAGCUAAACAAAGGAAGAUGCAGUCAAUGGUUGCGUUGAGUGCAGGUUUUAUGACGGGUAUGGCUGGACGGGCAGCAGGUACUUCAGGAUUGUCUAAAGCGACUGUCUCUAGUGAAGAUCAAAUGAAAGUGUCAGAGUCUGUACGUAAAGACUCAACUUCAAAAGGAUCUUUGGCAGCUCCCUUACUAAACUUAGGUGGUUCAACUGAUUCAAAUUCUAGCCAAAAAUCAUCAGCUCACAAAAGUACUAACACUGCAACUGGGACAUCUACAACAGCUGAGUCAGAUGCAGAAAAGAAAGAAGACCAAGUUGAGGCAGAAAGAUCUAGCAGUCCUGCUUUUGAUUCUGAUGACGAAAGUACUACACAGACGAAUAUAAAGAAAAGACCUUCGGUAGCUAAUUUGGUUAUGCAAACUGGUGCGUUACAGUUACUCAACAAUAUGCGUAUGAACGGUGGUAUGAUGAUCAAAACUGACUUGAAGCAGGUACCUGUAUUUAAACCCGAGGUAGAGAAGGCAAAAUCUUCACUUUCGCAAAUAUCCGAGAAAAGUUUGCUUGACACCGACAAUCCUGAAACAUCCCAAAGUAGUGGAGUUCCUGUUGGCCAAACUAUUCCCUUAUCGACAGCUAGUCUCAUUUCUCCUAUGUCAUCCGGAGUAGCUACACCGUCCGACCAUCGAGAAGUAUCAACUACUAUAGCUCAAAGAGUAAUUCCUCCACCAUCGGAAUUUAGAUGUAGUCCUUCAGUAUCUGAAAGUCCUCCUUCUCAAUCAGAAUCAUCUAGGACUAGAACGGUCAGAGUUGUUAAAGGAGAUGGUUCGUCGUACGAUAUUCUUGUAGGUAUGGACGGUGCUGAUUUGAGGUAUAUGGACGAGAGUUCUGUAAUAUUAGCCUCACCUACUUAUGAAAGUCCUCCUUCGUCUGUUACGUUUCCAACUGCGACCGAACCGCCAUCUCCUCCUACACACAACUCAGGUACUGUUACAAACACUUCUUUAUUACAAGCUGCACUAAUAAGAGCCACUGCAGAAGCUAAAGUGAAUCCACCUAAAUCAAACUUCUCUCCUCCGCAACCAAUUAAAGUGAAUACGGAGGUAAGUUUAACGACAGGGGAACGGUCUAAGCCCGUGAUCACACUUGUAUCGACGUCUUCCAAUAAUAAUGAACAUCAGUCAGCCAAAACAGCUGACGUAAAAGUCUCUCCGUUAAAACUAAAUCCAGUGAGCCCAGCUGUAGAGAAUAGUGAUAUUUCCAGUACGGCAGUAACUGGGUCAGGCCGCGGUGACUCUAAGAAAGAGUUUGUCAAAAACAUAGGAAAAAAAUUUAAAGUUAAGCGUUCGAAGCGGGACGGUUUAUUCCCGAGUAUCGGCCGGCAGAAAUCCAAGUCGGAAAAUAGAGCAAGAAAAGCAUUCAGAACGAUAUCGUUUAUUUUAGGGGCAUUUGUAAUUUGCUGGACCCCUUACCACAUAUUGGCUUUAGUCGAGGGUUUUUGUACGAAUCCUCCUUGCAUCAAUAAACAUAUCUACAUGUUUUCUUACUUUUUAUGCUACGCGAAUAGUCCUAUAAAUCCGUUUUGCUACGCGUUAGCUAACCAACAAUUCAAAAAGACCUUCACGAGGCUCUUACGGGGAGAUUUCCACAUCACCUAGUCCAUGUAUGUCGGUCGGUGAGCGUAAUACUUUUGAAAGUCCGAGAAGCAAAAAAAAUUACGCACAUUUUUCGAAAUUCGAACAAUUUGAAUUCAAAUGUUAUUCAUAAGGACAAUACUGCUUAAUUCGAGGCGUUGGAACGUGUGCUUUCGAUGUAUAGAAUUGGUUGAAUAAAAAAGUUAUUCGUGUAGUAUAUUGUAUUAAAUGUAUAGUGAUUUUUCAGCUUGUGAGCAAAUUUUGGUAAUUGUAAAUAAGUAGGUAUGUCGUAUGUAUAUUUUUUAUUUGACCUUAAAGUUCAGAACUGACAAUAAACUAUUAGAUUGUGUAAUAUAAGCGUUAGAUUUAAUUAAUAUAUAAAAGUCUCUUUAUUUAUAAUCUGGUUAAGAAAUUAUAUAUAUAUUAAUAAGAAAAUAAUAUGAAUCGGUCAUAUUGCUUUUGAAGAUGUCAAAGACAUUGUAAAAGUGUAUGUUGUAGAUGAAUUCUUAAUACGUAUUUAGAUAUGUUUACAUAAGUUAUAUAAACCAUAAGAGUAAUGUGACAAUUUGUAAGAUUUAUUUAGAAAAUUAAGACAAUAUUUAAGUAGAAAAACUAUUUGUUUAUUUUUUUUUCUUGUUUAAAAAGCAAGGGUUGUAGCAUUUGUAGAUGUAUAAAAUAUAUUCUUACUAUUUGUCAUAUUAUCGAAUAGAAAUGCUCAAAAACUUUCAAUCGCGAGCCCAGUGAAAGUUUUUCAGUGUUAAUAUAGUAUUACUUCAUUCCUAAGUAAAUAUAGAAGGGGUGUCAAAACAGAAAAGUGAACUUUGAAGUUAACUUAAACAUUCGAAAUUUAAAAGUAAAACAAUAGGUAUUAUCAAUAAUACUUUUAACUCCACCAGACUCGAAUUAAUAGACGCUCAUCUUUUGUUUUUGUUUUUUUCAUUUGUAUUUUCAUGUAUUGAAUAUAUAUAUUUUUUAAUUUUAUUUUCAAAAUCAAAAUCAAAAUCAAAUCAUUUAUUCAGAAAUUAGGCCUUCACAGGCACUUUUUACGUCAUAAUCUAAAUUAAAUGAUGUUUACCAAAGCUACAAACUACUAGCAUUUCGGAACGACCACUGCUGAGAAGAAAUGCCGAAAGAAACUCAUUCAAACAGUGUUGGUCCCUAUUAUGCCAGAAGGGCUUACCAUUUUUUAAAUAUAAAUUUAUAUAUAUUUUUUUAUCAGUAAUAUAACAUAAGUACAUAAUAAAGUACAUGGUCAAAAGGUAUACUGAAACAUAUUAUGAUUGUGAUCAAGUGCUGAUGAAAGGAAAAUAUAUAUACUUAUAUAUAUAUAUAUAUAUAUAUAUAUGUAUAAUUAACCAAACAAAAAAAAAACUUUUAAUAAAAGAUCGAGCUGACCAGUUCCCCCGGCAGCCCCCGUUCACGAGUUGACGCGUGAGUCAGCCAUCGCGAAGCUCAACCACAAUAGAGGGAACCUCCCGACCCGAUCCACGACGCCGCUACCGGUUUGACCAUUUGAAUGUGCAUGACAUACUCGAUCUCCAUAAUCUAACAUAAUAGAUACCUAUGUUACUUUCAGACACUUGAAGAUCACAAAUCACGUAUAUGUUUUACAAGUAAAUGUUUUAUACUCUUGUAAAAAUUUUAUACUCUUGUAUACGACACUCCUUCUAUAAGUUUUACUUCUAUGUAGUCAAUUAUAUGUUAAAUAUAAGCAUAGUGCUGGCCUAAAAACCUCUUAAAUAUUAAAAGCUGUCAGUAUUUUUUAAAUUAGUGUUUUGUUUUUCAUAAUGCUCAAUUAAUUUAUCGUUAGUCAUUUUUAAACAGUAAAAGCAAUAUGUAUUUUAAUAUUAAUAUUAUCAAUGCCAAAUACUUAAUAUUAUGUUGACAAAUAAAUGUUUUUUUUUUUCUUUUUUGUAUAAAAAUAUGAAACUAUAUCCUAGAUAUUAUAAAUUAUCCAUUUAAAAAAAAACAAAAAUAUAUUGAUAAUAAAUAUAACAAGAGUAGUUAUACUUAAAAAUACAUGUGUAUGCAGUUAUAUAUAAUAAGUUUACAACAUGAAAGACAAGAGUGAAAUAUGAGUAGAAUAGAUUUAUGGAAUCUAUAAAAAAAUCAUAGAGUAGUUCCUGUUAAUUUGGUAUAUAACCUGCAUAGCAAAACAGAUGUUAUUAAAAUUUCAUUUUUGUAUUUUUAAUGUAAUCUCAAAUUGAUAAUUCAAGGUGAUUUUUUUAUUGUUUCUAAAAAUUUUCAGAUAUCUUGUUUUAUUUUCGUUAAUAGGUUAUACCUGUGGAUAAUAUUUUCAUAGAUAGCAAGAGCCUCCUUGCCUUAGUACCGUAAAAAUUGUAAAUAAGCUUUGUAUACAUAUUGUCUAUUCAAUAGAACUGUUUCCGACGACGGGGG